CUUCCCUUCACCUACGUUCCUCAGCGUGUUUCCCUUUUCCCUCCCGAAGAAUGUUUGUCGCGAGACGUCCAGCGCCCUCACGACCGAAAGGUCUGUGGAAGGCUAGAUCCAAGCGCGUGACCAGUGACAGGAACCAAUCCGAAUCGUCGGCAGCAACGGCGGCGUCAUUACCACGGUCAUCACCACUACCACCGUCGUUAUCGUGCCUAUCGUGGUCGAGGCUAUCGUCUUCGUCUUCAACUUCUUGGGUAUCCGUAGAAGAAGAAGAGGAAUUCGGACAUCUUUCUGGUGAAUCGUCUACUACUAGCUCUUCUGCAUCUCUGUCUACUUCAUCGUCCUACAAACGACGCCGAAUUGCGUUGGAGUGUAGUGACGGAGAAGACGAUUCACACGAAGAUCCUGACCAGGUUUAUCUAUGGGAUUAUUCCUGCUUCAUACUUUCAUCAUCUAAGUCGACGCCACCAGAUAUGAAGGAGAAAAAAGUGUCUAUUCUAAUGCCCAGUCCAGGUCCCUCGAGACGUAUUAUUCCGCGUCAGCGCGUGUAUUCUGCUAUCGGAUCACCAGGAGAGGUUCAGGAAGGAGAUGAAGAGUUUACAUGGGAAGAUUGGGAGGAAUUGCAGGCUGCUUUUUUACCGUUCGAGGAAGACUUUGAACCCGAUAUUACCAGCGUUCAGCAUUUGCCAAAUCUUCGAGCAAUCAUCCACGAAAGUCAUCGAUUCCUAUCGCUUUACCCGAAUCCUUCCUCAUUCUUCCUUCUCCACUCACCUUCUACUCCUCCAACCGUUGUUUAUACGUUAUUGGCCCACGCACUGUUUGUAUUUGGGCUUAUCAUGUCCAUACCAUCCAACACCUCUGAAGCUCUCGAUACCGAACCAAAACUUCCAACCACAUACUGGCUCGCUGCACUCGACGUCUUCGCCAUCGGUGAUGGUCUAGCAGCUGAAGAUGAAGGCGCCUUACCAUCCAUCGAUUUAGAAGUAGACUGGAAAAUGAGCUUGACAUGGGGUAUGACGAUGAUUAGGCUAUCACGUGAACUAGUAGAAGGCAGAACCGUGGAUUCCUUCCCCUCCCCAUCAUCAUUAUCGCUUCCUGGUAGCCCUCUGGACUACAUCUCCCAAAACCGACCGCCUCAUACUCCUUCCUCGAAUUCGUUGGAGGUGAAAGACCUUUUGAAAUACGCGAUGGACCAGAUUACACGAGGAAUCUUCCAUAUGCCACGUCAACUUACAAAUUCUCCACUCGUCGCAAACAUAAACGCAAACGCACCCGGUUCUUCAUUCUUUUCGGUUUUCGCUAUUGCUGUAGAAGUCCUCCGUGUUUCUUCUCAGCUUACGUCACCCAGUGAUAGGGUGUAUUGGCUGCGAUGGGCUGAUUCGUUGUUCUCUUCUGCUACGGUGUCUACGUUCGCUUCGAUGAAUAUCAGUGGUCCGCUUUCCGAUGUCGCCCUUCUGUCGUUGUCGUCGUCUUCUGCUGGAGCUUCUGUUUCCGUCUAUCGAGGGAGAUGUGAGCUGUUACUUGCCCAUGCGUUGAUUGAGGUUGGUGCUGCUGUGGGUGAAGAAGUUGAGUGGAAGGAAGAAGUUGGUGAUGCGUUGCAAAAUGCGGUUAAGUUUCUUGAGGAGGCGUUGGGGUCAGAUUCUCAGAUGUACGUGGGAUUGAAGCGGAAGUGGGGGGAGGGAGAGGAAGAAGAAGAAGAAGAAGUCGUUCGACGUGCAGAAGAAGUGGAGAGGAUGAUGAGAGAGGCGAGGGAGAUGUUGGAGAGAUUCACCUGAUCGGCCUUGGAUUUUCUUUUUUUUUCUUUCGUUUCUUUGUGAUUCAUGACAUGAACGUUCCCCUAGGUUUGGUUUAUUUGGAUGUUAUCUAGCUGUCUCGAUCUCUCAGGUGUCUCAUUUAUUGUUUGUAUUCAGAGUCCAAAUGUUCCCAUUUUAGAUGCACGCACAUUGUAGCUUCCAUAUCAUUUAUUGCGAUACCCCAUACUGCCAUUACUUUGCACAUCUAUCUAGAUCCAUCUACUUGAUACUUAGUAACGACAAACGACUCAACACUGAACUAGCCGCCGCGCGUUAAAAGCU